AUGGGACACUCUGAGUUGGGACUGACUCUUUGCGUUGAGAUUAGAGCAAAGUAUCACAAGAACAAGAUUCGUGGUGAAGACGUGUACGGGGUGGCGCUGGAUGCUCCUCCUCGUCGAGGGCGGCAGCCGGAGAUCAUCAAUGGAGCCAUACCGUUGAAAUCACAUCCGAACGAUGGUUGCUUCAACAGAAUUCCGUACGCAUCCCUUAUUGCCACCCUUCUCUGCUUCAUCGGUGUCAUACUUUUCUCCGUCAUGAUGACGUGGGGCUUCAAUGCUACUGUUGAACAAACAAGGAGGUCUCUGAGGAUUCAGGAUUGGCCGUGGCUUGACAAGGUUCAAGUAUUUUUUGUGGUGAUCGCUGUUCUUAUGUCUCUGUUUGCCUUGUUUUUUCUCCUUGUUGGAUUCACAGCUACUGGUGCAACGCGAGAAGAGAUAUAUAAACGCGAUCGAGCGAAGUUUGGUGGACGGUGUGCAUGUGCUACUGCCAUGGCCUGGUGUGUUUUGCUGUUAGUCUGUUGGCUAUUUAUCAUAUCGAUAUGUUCCGUUCUGUGCUGUUCAUACUUCAUAUUCGAUGACCUUUGCUAUGCCAUGCCGUCGUUUACUGAGAACGAUUGCAUUGACCUUGGAGUCUUCAAGCCGCUAAUCAGAAGCUUUUCGAACUCUGAUAUGAAUUUAUGUGGAGGUGAUGCUCAGCAGUUUUGCGCGUUAUCUUCCACAGCUCGAUCUUGGUACGUGAUCGGCUGGGUAGGAACUUGUUUCGUUAUCCUUGGUCUAGCUUUUUUCCUUGCCAUCCUUUCUGCCAACUAUGCUCAUGUGGGCAACGCUAGCAGGUAUGUGGAGUUGCGGGAUCUAGCACUAGAAACACCAACAAAUGACUUUCCUCACUACAAAGCAGGAGAUCCGUUCUACCGUCCGCGGCAUCCCUCUGCCAAAAAUGACCUACCGCAACCGCCAAGUGAACCUUAUCCUAGGUAUCCACCUUAUAGUGGUUCAACGUCAUCCUCUCGAUUGGCUGAGAAGAUGUCCGAGUCACUCAGCUCUCGCAAGAAGCGGCGUUGCAUGUCUUUGGAGUUGCGGAAUAACAGAAACCACAUUUCUCAAUCACAGGAUACUCUGCAACAGUUGCAGUUAAUUACACAGAAUCUUGGUGCAAUUAUCAACUUGAUUGGAUCAGUGAGUGGGCCAGCUACAGCUUCUUUGGGCGACAUACUUGAGAGAAGUGCGGCAACGCUUGAGGAGUUGAAAACGCUCAGCAUAUCAGUGGAGGCCGAGACCGCUUCCGUCAAGGAAAAUUUCUGUGCUAUCGACUCUCAACUUGCUCAGCUUGAUAAAUUGUGGGCGAGUAUCGACAAAGCUGUUGAAUUUGUGGCAGAGAAGAAGCAGCAGUUGACAGAACUGGAAAGCCUGUGCACAUUAGUCGAACGUCAACUUGCUGAGCGCCACAUUAUUACUCGAAAAGGGAAGUAUGAGGGAGAUGAAGACGCGCAAAAUGUUCCUGGCGGAAUGGGUUCAGAUGACGACGAUGGUUCCGAUUCGGAUGCACCUAUGGAGAUCUCGUCCAAGCCUGGACCCGAUAUAAUUCUUUCUGCGAGCCCCGAGAAGGAAAUGAGUUUGUUUGAGCAGGUACAAGAACGAAAAAGAGAGGAAGAAGAGAAACGACAGAAUAGAACUCAAAGCAAGAAACGAAGACGAAUCAAAAAACUUCAAGCAGGGGAAUUUCUUGUUAAGGCCAAAAAAGCGGAGUUCAAAGUGCUUACUCUGGACAAGGGGUUGAAAAAGUCUCUGGAGCCAGCAGUAAAUUUCAAAGAGCAAUUGCUGAUGGCGCGUACGUCAGGGAGGAGAGAAAGAGUGCCAAACGCAGCAGCUAUGCGAGCAAAGUGGAUCUGAAUAUUGUCUCUCAGCUGUCUGCUAACUCUGACUUCUUCUUGGUUCUGUCUUAUCUUUGAAUGUUGCUCGCCCUGUUAUCAUUUAGUUUCCAGUAAUUAGUUGUUGAUGAUUAUGACUGGUUCUAUUUGUAUCGUUGUUAUAGUUGUGCUCGUAUACUGUUGAACUGAUGAAAC